AUGAGAAGAUACGGCGUCCACCACCGACUGUCCACGCCUUACCACCCUCAAUCGAAUGGCCAAGCUGAGGUGUCUAACCGGGAGAUCAAUGCAAUUUUGAAGAAAACGGUGAACCCCACAAGGAAGGAUUGGAGCCGUCGAUUGGAGGACACGCUCUGGGCAUACAGGACCACCUUCAAGACGCUGAUCGGAAUGUCCCCUUACCGUCUGGUAUUCGGGAAAAUAUGCCAUUUACCUGUGGGAAUCGAGCAUCAAGCCUUCUGGGCUAUCAAAGAGAUGAAUCUGAAUGCUGAGGUCUGUGCCGAAAAAAGGAAAUUGCAGCUGCAAGAACUUGAAGAGCUCUGCCUUGACGCGUACGACUCUGCCAUGUGGUCAAGGUGGAGAGGCCCCUAUACCAUCAUCGCCAUACGAGUAAAUGGAGCAAUCAAACUCCAAGGAAGCGACCCUGAUUCGUCUUCUUUUUUGGUGAAUGGGCAUAGAGUGAAGCCUUACAAAGAUGGAACUGAGGUGUGCGUGGUGGACGACAUUCCACUGCUCAUGCCUAACUCUCUCCACUGA